AUUUUCAGGUUGAAGGCCAGCUGGGGCGAUCUUCUUUGUCCUCUCUGCUCUGCCCUCUGCCAUUUAUUGAACAACCCACGUUCUCUUUGUUCCGUCCUCUGAGGCAGAUGUUGCGCAGACACCAUCGCUCCUCAGACCGAUGGACGGUUGUUUGAUGGCUCCAGGAUUUCAUUGAAUCAGUUGUUUCUAUUUGUUCGCAAAGGUACCGCCAGGUUAUAGUGAGAAUCCGAAGCCUACAAUAGUCUUGAAAGAGCACACUUCUUCUUCUUCUUCUUCAUUCAUUAUUUCCAUUGCACAACACCAUGGUCGAGUUGUCAAGGAUCGUGUCCGUAUUGCUUUCGUGGUCGCUUCUGGCCUCGACUUGUUCUGGAUUCCAGCCCACGUCGUUGGGUGGGCAAAAUGGCCUUCUCCACCAAAGAACGCAGGCAGCAAUAUCUCCCUCCAAGCUGUUUGUCCUGUCGGAACUGAUGCCACCAACGUCAACAGCAGACGAAGACGAUCAGGAUUGUGCCAUGCCUCAUUACGGUCCAGCGUCGGUGUUUGGCAGACCCAUCGAAGAGGAUACGAGAGAAUUCAAUCGAGAACUCAUCAAGCAGUGCAAGUCGGUCCUCUUUGACUCGCUCUUCCGUGGCCAGGAGAUGACUCGAUGCUACGCUCGCUUUUACGCCUUGGAGAACAUUGCCCGCAUGCCAUACUUUUCCUACCUCAGUGUGCUGCAUCUCUACGAAUCGCUGGGGUGGUGGCGAAGGGCCGAAUACCUCAAGGUACAUUUCAGUGAGAGCUGGAACGAACAGCACCACUUGUUAAUCAUGGAAGAAAUGGGGGGAAGCAAUCGAUGGAUGGAUCGCUUUAUUGCACAGCACGUUGCCGUCUUUUACUACUGGAUUGUCGUUGCUCUGUACCUCUACAAUCCAACCUUGGCGUACAAUCUCAACCAAGCCGUGGAAGAAGAAGCCUACUCGACCUAUGCAAACUUUGUCGAAAGCAACCAGGGCUUUCUGCAAUCCCAACCAGCCCCCACGGCUGCGAAGGACUACUACACGGGAGAUGACUUGUAUCUGUUUGAUGCCAUGCAUUUUGACAAGCAAGGAGGUAGACGAGACAAGGAGCCGCCCCGAAGACCCAAAAUGGAGACGCUCUAUGACGCAUUUGUGGCCGUCCGAGACGAUGAAAUGGAACACGUCAAGACCAUGGCAUAUCUUCAAGAGGACGCUUGCCGCUAAAGACACAGCUCUUUUUUGGCAUUCGAUGACAUGCAAGAUUGUUAGACUGGAUCCAUUUUUGCUAGCUAGCUAAGGCUGUGCUAUUGACAAUCACAAAAAACAGCGUGGCAAGUUUCAAAAAGAAAGAAAUGCACAGCACACAACAAGGGACCAUGCUGUUUUUGAACUACAUAACUUCUACACGGACGUACAUAAUACCGUACAGAGCGAGAGAGAGCAGUUGAAGACCUAAACCGUAACAGCUUCCGAAUUCGGCCUCAGUUUUUAUUUACUGUACCGGGGAUUCUUUUCUAGCGCUAUGUCAUAUUUGUUUCUAGUAGGAUCUCUGAAUCUCGCAGCCUCUUUGCUCCAGACG